GCCCCCCCCCCUGCUCCCCGGCGUGCGCUGCGCCCCCAGCCUGCUGCCAGCCUGGAAAUGGCUCCGUUUAUUCUCCUCGGGAGAAUGAAUCGAUCCUGCCCAGUCUUCUCUUCCUCCUCCCCACCUCCUCUCUGCUCCGAGUCUUAGGAGGGGAAGCAUUUAAAAGACAGAUUCCAAUGUGGAGUGCCGUGCACAUCGCGAGCUGUUGGGUUUGCACUUCGAGGAGAUUUGUCUAUCUAGCUUUUUCUAACGUGAGCGCAGGGAAGCAGUGGCAUGACUGCUUUUAGGAUUUUUUUUUCUCGUAGGGAUCUCUGUAAAGUGCACGUCGCAUUGGGUUACAUGCUCCACCCCCAAGGGAACUGGUGUGGUGGAGAAAUUUGAACCCGCAGCCUUAGUAGCACCAAAAGGCCGAGUUACCUGGCUCUCCCCGAGUGUCUAGGAGGACAUGAGCGAAAUGACCACCGAACUCGUUUUUUAUAGGACUCGGUGAAGCUGGAUUCUGCGUUUCCGACAGACACGUAGACUCAUUUUGUGGAAUAGAGUUGACCGCUGUCUCCUCCGCGCAGCAUUUUAACUCUAAUAAGCAAAUGCCACCUCUGCUUGAACGUUUUGGUAUUUACGAGAGAGAAAUCCUUUUACCUAAGGGAACUAAUUGAAUUGUCAAGCACCACUGAAAUACCUCCAGAAAAGGAUCUCGGGGGGUGGAAAAGCAACUGCGAAAUAGCAGACGGAGAAAUUCCUUUGGAAGUUAUUCUGUAGCAGAAGAGCAGAAACUUCAGAGCAAGUUCUCAUUGGGCAAAAUGGGGGAACAACCCAUCUUCAGCACUCGAGCUCACGUCUUCCAGAUUGACCCAAACACAAAGAAGAACUGGGUUCCCACCAGCAAGCAUGCAGUUACUGUGUCUUAUUUCUAUGACAGCACAAGAAAUGUGUAUAGGAUAAUCAGUUUAGAUGGCUCAAAGGCAAUAAUUAAUAGCACCAUCACCCCAAACAUGACAUUUACUAAAACAUCUCAGAAGUUUGGCCAGUGGGCCGAUAGCCGGGCAAACACUGUUUACGGACUGGGAUUCUCCUCUGAGCAUCAUCUUUCAAAAUUCGCAGAAAAGUUUCAGGAAUUUAAAGAAGCUGCUCGACUAGCAAAGGAGAAAUCACAAGAAAAGAUGGAACUUACCAGUACACCUUCACAGGAAUCAGCAGGCGGGGAUCUUCAGUCUCCUUUAACACCAGAAAGUAUCAAUGGAACAGAUGAUGAAAGAGCACCUGACGUGACACAGAACUCAGAACCAAGGGCUGAACCAACUCAGAAUGCAUUGCCAUUUUCACAUAGUUCAGCAAUCAGCAAACAUUGGGAGGCUGAACUGGCUACCCUCAAAGGAAAUAAUGCCAAACUCACUGCAGCCCUGUUGGAGUCCACUGCCAACGUGAAACAAUGGAAACAGCAACUAGCUGCGUAUCAAGAGGAAGCAGAACGUCUGCACAAGCGAGUGACUGAGCUUGAAUGUGUUAGUAGCCAAGCAAAUGCAGUGCAUACCCAUAAGACAGAAUUAAAUCAGACAAUACAAGAACUAGAAGAGACGCUGAAAGUGAAGGAAGAGGAAAUAGAAAGAUUAAAACAAGAAAUUGAUAAUGCCAGAGAAUUACAAGAACAGAGAGACUCUUUGACUCAGAAACUCCAGGAAGUAGAAAUUCGGAACAAAGACCUGGAGGGACAGCUGUCUGACUUAGAGCAACGUCUGGAGAAAAGUCAGAAUGAACAAGAAGCUUUUCGCAAUAACCUGAAGACACUCUUAGAAAUUCUUGAUGGAAAAAUAUUUGAACUAACAGAGUUACGAGAUAACUUGGCCAAGCUACUAGAAUGCAGCUAAGAAAAGUUAAAUUUCAGUGCCAAUUGAUUAAAAAAUACACUGUCUCUCUUCAUAGGACUGUUUGGGCUCUGCAUCAAGAUCGCACAAAAAAAUUGAAUAUCAUUCCUCCUCCAGGAGGAUGAUCUUUUUGAAAAUUGGAAUUGUAUAUUUCAGUGUAAAUUUUAGAAUUCAGCUUGUAGCUAGUUGGGGAAAAAAAAAGAUGAAACACUUGAACUACAAAUUACCUCCAUGUAUAUUAUGGCCAUAGUUAACUAGAAAGUUAUAAAUAGACACUUAAUGCAAUCUUUUUUUUUCUGAUAUUAGCCAAUGGGAGAAUUAACAAUGUCUGGGUCACAUCCCCUUUUUGUGUUCAACACAGUGAAGGUUAUCUGCUCUUAAAUUAAUUUAUUUAUGAUAUCUAAAGCUGUGUUUUGUUGCAAAACUUAUGAUGAAAGCCCUGUCUUCUG